AUGAGGGAGUUUCCUUCUUGUUUUGGGGAAAAUGGUGUUCAGGUUGCUGAUUCAUCUUCUUCAAGUACCACAAGAGCAGCUCAAAACGUGGUUACAUGUGUCUAUCAGUGCAAAUUAAGAGGCCGUUCUUGCUUAAUUACAGUCUCGUGGACCAAAACUCUGAUGGGUCAAGGCUUGAGUGUGGGAAUAGAUGACUUGGACAAUCAUUGCCUCUGCAAGGUUGAAAUAAAGCCAUGGUUGUUCUCAAAGAGAAAAGGGUCGAAGAAUUUGGAGGUCCAAUAUGGUAAAAUUGAUAUAUUUUGGGACUUGAGUUGUGCUAAAUUUGGUUCUGGGCCUGAGCCAUUGGAGGGGUUUUAUUUGGCGGUUGUGUUCAACCAUGAAAUGGUCUUGCUCCUUGGGGAUCUGAAAAAUGAGGCAUGCAAGAAGAUUGAUAGUGACUGUGCUUAUGCUCACUCUGGUGCCAUUUUUAUUGCAAAGAGAGAGCACAUUUUUGGGAAGAAGUUUUAUGGUGCAAAGGCUCAAUUUUGUGACAAGGGUCAAGUGCACGAUGUCAAAAUUGAGUGUGACACUGUUGGGCUUAAGGAUCCCUGUCUCGUGAUUCAAAUUGAUAGUAAGACAGUGAUGCAGGUGAAGCGACUCAUGUGGAAAUUCAGAGGUAAUCACACCAUUUUGGUGGAUGGGAUUCCGGUUGAAGUGUUUUGGGAUGUGCAUGAUUGGCUCUUUGGGAAUGCUAUGGGCAAUGCAGUGUUUAUGUUCCAAACAUGCAUUUCAACUGAGAAGCUAUGGGCAGACCAAUCUGCUUCGGAUCCCUCUGCACUAACAUGGCCUUAUUCUCAGCAGUUUAGGGAUUCCCAGUUGCAAGGUCUUGGAUUCUCUCUGAUUUUGUAUGCUUGGAAGAAUGAGUAG